GGACUUUUGUCAAGGGUGCAAUGAGCCAACAGCCUGACCAAGGUCAAUCACGGGCUGCUCCCUCAUCCCAUGUCUUCUUUAUGGUGCCCCAGACUAUUCCAGGCUGCUCCGGCUCUCAGCCGCGAACCACGCCGCCACCAAUCGGAGAAAGUUUGAUUGGGAAUACGAGGGCGGUCGCUGGGAGGUGGCCACUGGCCAGAGCCAUGGAAACAAGUACAGUCUUGACAUCUUGGUCGUAGCCGCAUGGCACUGAAGGGAACGCGCGGACUGCCUUCUUGAUACGAGGACAUGGGCAGAGAGGGUUACCCACGCCCCGUGUUCAUGCUUCAAGCGUCCGAGAUCUGGGCUGCCUGCGUUGGACUUGUUAUACCACGGUCUGUGCUCCUCAGCCCACUCUGGUCCUCUUCUCCGGCUUUUGCUCUUUCGCAACCAGUUUUGCAGGCAUGGGAUUCCCAUUGCUCGCCCUCGCGGCCCUGCUGUCUGGGGUAGUGGCUCAGGACACCACCACCACGGUUACAGAUUUCACCAGUGCUGCAAGCACCUCUCCUACAAGCACCACUUCACAGCCAAUCACGGUCACGGUGGCUGUCGGGAAUGGAGGGAAUACUUUCGUCCCAGACGUGGUUCAGGUUUCUCCCGGAAACUAUGUUGGUAUGGCUCUCGAGCAAGUCGCUGUGCACUGUCUGUGAGUGGUCGCUGACGCUGUCGUCGAGAAUUCGAUUUUUAUCCCCUGAAUCACUCCGUCAUUCGGGCCGCAUACGGGUACGCGUGUGUACCUUAUGAGUUGACAGGGCCGGAUCGAAUUGGAUUCUUCUCUGGCUUCUAUCCUGUCGACGCCAUUCUCAGCGAUCCGCCCAAGUGGACGCUGCUCAUCAACGACACCGAGCCGGUCUUCUACUAUUGUGGCGCCCCGGGCUCGUGUAUCAACUACCAGAUGGUCGGGGUCAUCAACCCCAAUGCCACCCAAUCCAUUCAGGUCCAGAAGCAAUAUGCCGCAAACUCGUCCUUUAUGCUGGAGCCGGGCGAGAGCUGGCCUCCCGAGGAAGACCCCUUCGCGACCACCUCUACAUCCACAUCCACGGCUACUGCGACGUACACGACGACCUUCACGACCUCGACUUUGUCUCCGACGCCGACCGCGACGACCGCGACUCCCGUAGCGAGUGAGUCUAGCCAUUCCUCCCUGUCAUCGGGAGCCAUUGCAGGAAUCGCAAUCGGAGGAGCAGCCGUCGUCAUCGCCGCCGCGGUAUUGCUCUUCUUCUGCGGCCGCAGGUCCAGAUCCAAAGACGGCGGCGGCGGCAACCAACCCACCCCCUCGACGCCCGCCAUGGGCCCGAUGAACAGUCCGCCAGCGUACCUCCCGCCCAACAACUACGGCUACAUGUCGCCCACCCAGAAGCACAUGUCCGUGACCUCGAUGCCGGCAGCGACCGACGCAUUCGGCAACGCCAUCCCCAACCCGGGCGGCAUGUACCCUUACCCCCCGGCAUUCCCGCAGGGCUACCCGCCGCACCAACAGAUGGCGCCCCCCCUGAUGGCCAGCCCAGGCCAGGCGCAACCUCAACCGUCGCCUCAAUGGCCGCCGUCCCCGUCCAACGACAUCUUCGGCCCCGCCGCCGCGGUCCCAGUCCUGCACCCCGCCCCGGCCCCGUUCCAGACGCACGACGCGCAACAGCAACAAGCACCACAGAUUCCCCCGGCCGGGAGCGGCAUCGGCACGGAGAACGCCUCCCCGCGCGCAGGCAGCCCGAGCUCCGUGGCCGGGGCCCCGGCGGCGCCCGCGGCGGUGGGUGGCAUUGCCGCGUUCCUGCAGCGCCAGGCGCGCAUGAGUCCUCCGCCGCUCGAGCACGAGGUGCAGGCUCAAGCGCAGCAGCAGCAGCAGCAGCAGCAGCCCGCUCCAGGUUUGACGCCCGGUCCGUUUGAGAUGUCCGCGACUGGGACCAUGCACAGAUAUUCCUAA